UUUAGUUUGGCGCGCGGGACUACACAAGGAAGAAGUCUGCAGACCUGCGUGCGCCUGUUGUCCUGUUGUCCCUGCUACACAGUGUCAAUAAUAACAUUAAAAACGCGAUUUUAUUAACUUAAAUACAAGGUGCCUACAACAUGUGGAAUCAGGGAGGAUACAGUGAGUCCAGUAUGGGUGGAGGUUACACUCAGUCCCCAGGAGGCUUUGCAUCACCUUCCUUAUCCCAGGGAGGAGAGAAGAAAGGGAGAACACGUGCCACACAGAUAAUCCCCUGCACGGUGUCUCAGCUGAUGUCUGCUUCCCAAGCUGAUGAGGCCUUCAAAGUCGGCGAUGUUGAAGUUGCUCAGGUUACCAUUGUGGGUAUCAUCAGGAGCACAGACAAGUCCAUGACCAACAUUCAGUACAAGGUCGAUGACAUGACAGGUGCUCCCAUGGACGUAAAGCAAUGGGUGGACACAGAGGACCCCAGCGUGGAUAGUGCUGUCCUGCCUCCAGGCACGUAUGUCAAAGUCUCCGGCAAUCUGCGCUCCUUUCAGAAUCACAGAUCUGUUGUGGCAUUCAGCGUCAGGACCCUGGAGGACAUGAAUGAAAUCACCUCGCAUAUGUUGGAGGUUGUCCAAGCACAUAUGGCGCUCGGCAAACCUCAGACGAUGUCGGGUGCCGGAGGAGGAAUGAGCAGUAGUGUCACACCUAUGUCACGGCCAGGAAUGGGGAGCAUAGGAGGGAUGGGAGGGGGGUAUGCAGGUGCUAAUGACAUGACUAACAAUGGAUUAAGUGCAAAUCAGAAUCAGGUGCUGAGUUUGAUAAGGGGCUGCCCAGACCAGCAGGGCAUCAGCAUUCAGGACCUUAAGCAGAGACUCAGUGGCAUGAGUCUGUCUGUCAUCAAGCAAGCGGUUGAAUUCCUAAGCAACGAGGGUCACAUCUUUUCCACCAUCGACGAAGACCACUACAAAUCAACCGACAAUGACGACUAGACCCUUUCAACAAGUUUUUGUCAAUUCAACCCAGUGGGGUUAUUCUUUUGAAUUGAAGCAGACGUAGUCACUAUUAUACAAUUAAUAACUGAAAGCUAUCAACUAUAUCACAACCUGUCUGGCCUCUUUAAUAGAAUAGGACCCAGUGAAGUCCUACGAGCCUUUCUAUGUAAAGGUACUGUGUUUGAUGUUAGCUGAAGAGCAUGUGGUUUGGGUUUGGUAAGACAAUGGGGUUUACACAUCCUGUAUCCCUGGUUGCUUCUGCUGUUUUGCAAGUCCCAGAGGUGUUGCUGUUGAAGAAGACACUGUUAGCAGUUAUUCUGUGUUUCCCCCUCUUCAUUGAUAAGCAUUUUGUAAUUUUAAAGAUUUGAAACAUAAGUACUCAAUUUAUUUUUGUCAAUGUAACUUACUUUUGCCAAAAUAUAAAGAUUAUACAAAAUACA